AUGGCGAUCAGCAGUUUCAUUCGCGCGGCGGUGGGUGUCUCCGUUGCCGGCGCCCUCUCGGUCCAGGAGAGUGCGGGCAUGCAAUGGUCGACGCUAACCAAUUUGCCGCGCACGGUGUUGCAAUCCAAACACGCGGAGUCGACUGGAUGUGGCGCCGACUUCCCUGGUUAUUUUAAGAUCGACGGAUUGUAUUGGCCGAGUUCUUACAAGACUGGUGCCAGGAAUCGUACCGCGUGUAAGCAGGAUUGCGACGAUGCCAAGAAUUGCGUCGGCUUCACUGCCCGUAAGACCAAGGAAGAAAGGAUGCGGUGCACUCUUCACAAGGGCCUACAGCAGCAGGUGGACCACAGGGCAGUGUCCUACAGCAGGUGCCAGAUGAAGGGUUUCGCAUGCCAGAGCGGAUUUCAGUUCUCCCACGCGGGGACUUGGAGGAGCGGCAAGCAGAUCGAAGAAUUGGAUGAUGAGCCGCUGGACGACUGCGCCAAGGCGUGCCGCAAAGACAGGGGCUGCGUCGGUUUCACGCAUCGCGAGUCAAAGGAGGGAGACACGUACUGCUUCCAUUUUCUGAACGAAGAGAACAAGCAAGGCCCUUGGCGCGAUCCGCACGCCCACACCUACUCCAAGUGCACCAACGCUGCCGAUGAGGAUGCCAGCCUCCUCGAAGCCAACGCUUCGCAGGACCAGAGCCUGGCCCCAGCUCCCGUGACCCAGGCAUGA